CAACGAACGACUGAACCAAAACACACAGAAUUCAAGAUGGCGGUAGCAGACGUACAGCUUGUCGUUAACACAGUGUUUUACGUUGCUGUUUUUGUUGGUGGCUUUGCAGUGUCAAUACCAAUCGGUGUUGUUAAUAUGAACAAUGGUGGAUAUUGUUUCCUGUAUGCCACAUAUGAGAAGGAGGAAUGUGUGUCUUACAGCAACUCGGGGAAUUGUAACUUCCCCAUCUACUUUGCCGUGUUUGCGUGCAUAUUUUAUGGCUUAGCACAGACAUGUUACAAUGUGUAUGCUGUAUACAAGUCAACACGAGACCCCACUGUUGGAUCGCAGAUGUGGGUGAUGCCGUUCAUUCUGUUGAACUCUCUUGUGGCAGCUGUGAUGAUGGUCGUGGCUUGUAUGAUAAGUGUAGGCUUCGACAACACGUGUCAGUCAUACAGAGAAAUCUCAAAACAAGACAGUUGUGCCACAGCAGAAAAGAAGCAUGUCAGAUCAGCAUGCAGUGGACCUGAAGAAGAAAAAGAAUACGACUCGGGGAGUUUUUAUAAACUCUUCCACGUGGCAGAGGUAGCUGCCUGGUUGUGUUGGUUGAUCUGGGUUGCCCUGGUUGUCUCUGGUAUUGUCCGAGCCAUUCGUAACCGACGGCAGCGAACCAAAGGAAAAGCAGAAGACAAGGAAAACUUUGCUGGAAAGAACCCAACUGCUUAAUGAACAGAAAUGAACAACUUAAAUAACAUACUAGAGGAAUGAAUCUAACUGCUUAAUGAACAGAAGUGAAGGAAAAGAACCUACACAUUUCUGUUAUUUUGUUUACACCUUUUUUGAUAUCUUUGUUUUUUUUGUUAAGUUUUCCAACAAAAGUUCUGGCACAUUGUCCAUGAGUUGAAGAUAUCUCCCCUCACUAUAAUGAUAUUUUGUGUCAAACUUUUUUUUGCCAUUUAUUUCAGUGUCAUUGUUUUUCUAGUUUAAACCAUUUGAUAACUAAUUCAUACUUAUGACAAUGGUUGCCUAUAGGAAAAACUGUGUUGGUGUUGCAUUUUUUUUUUGUUUAACCUGUAUUGAUUUUAAGUUUGACAGAUCUGAUUUUAUUUCCCUAUAGAGAUCUGUGUAGAUGUACAAACUAUAUUUAUCUGUUGCGUAGCAUUAUUAUAUAUGUAUGAUCAUGACAUGAUUGUCUUAUUUUCAAAUAUCCUUUACCAAACCUUUAUACAGUUGUCUGAACACACUUUUCCCCCCACUGCCUGAAAACACUGACAACGAAAGAUAAAUUGUUAUAAUAGGAAUACUAAAUAAGCUUUAAUCAGAUUUAAUCAGAUUCCCCAUGUUUGUACAUAUUUUUUUUACUCUUGUAAUGUAGCCAUAUAAUAUGUAACUAUGUAGAUGAUAAUAUAUACAAUACAGUCAGACCUGUAAUGAGCAAUCUUUCAAGGGAAAUUUUGAAAAGAUCACAUGGUAUGUUGUUAAUAAAUACAGGGGGUUGCCAAAACAGGUUUGACUGAAACAAUUUUUUAUAUUGUUUUGUGGAAAUGGUGAAUAAAGACCAAACACUAAGUGUGGUUAUGAUGCUAAUCUGCUAUAUCAAAAUCUGAUAAAUUAUGGCAAUAUGUAGACUACUAGAUCACAGAAUGCUCAUACUGAAAGUUUCUAAUGUAAGUGAGUACUUGAUUUUAAGAAAUGACUGGUAGCCGUCAGAUCGCAAGAUCAUGAAGUUUGCAUGUGGACUGUUGACUAAGAGACUGUACAUGUAUUUCAGCAAUAUAAAAAAUUGUAUUUUGCAAAUGAUGCUUCUUAGAUAUUCAAAUUGAACAUCCUUAAUAGCAGACUGGUAAAGAUUUCUUAUGGUUAUCUUUUUUUGUGACACAGAUGAAUUAUAACUGUUUUUGUAAUUCGUUUGUUUUUAAGUUUUGUAAAAGUGUCUGACACAUGGUUCACAAGUUGAAGUUAUUUUCAAUGCAAUGAUAUUUUGUGUGUGACAUUUUUUUUCCAAUCUUUUAUUCAGUUAUUUCAACAUUAGUGCUUUUCUAAUGCUAACCAUUUGAUAAACUGGUCAUAAGCAUGACAAUGGUUGCUUCAGAAACAAAAACUUUGUGACCAAGAUGCCAAUUAUUUUGUUUUGAAUUGCAAUCUGUAUUGAAUAUACAUGUAUAAAUUUGACAGAUCUGAUUUUAUUCGCCUAUAGAGAUCUAAUAUUUCUUCCAUCCUGUGUUGAUUUAUGAGCUACUUUUAUUUGAUAAUCGGCUCUAUCAAUAAGCUUUACAUACAUGUAAUCAUGAAAUGAAUCUCUUAGUUUCAAACUUUGCCAAAUCUUAAUACAGUUGUCACUUAACACAGUUUUAACACAUUUUUCCCAACUUUCUAAAAUAAAAAUGACAACGAAAGAUUAAUAUUUAAAGUGUAAAUACCAGAUAAGCUUUUUUCAGAUAUGGCAUGUUUGUACAUAUUUCUUUUUAUACUUUUGUAAAGAAGUCAUAUUGUGUAGUCGUUAAAUCUAGGCAUGCACAGUCAAACCCAUAUUGUACAACAUAAAAGAAUAUCUUAAAGAGAUCAAAUAAGAAGCUGAUAAAUACAGUACGAUCAGUUAGAAAGAUUUGACUAUAUCUAAUUCAUUUGUUUUGUAGUUUUGGUGAAUUUAGCUCCCAAAUUUGUGUAUCCUACUAAUUUUAUGAUUAUAUAACUUAGGGCAAGGUGUUGGACCACUAAAUUAUAUAGGUAAUUCCCACCUCACAGAUUCAAAAUAUCUGUAACUAAUUUACAUGUAUUUCACUGUUUAAAAAACAAUAUUUACAAUAAUUUAUUCCUCCACUACAGUUUCUUAACAAAUUAUUUUUAUAGUAUAGAUGUUUAUAAAUUAAUGUAAUAGAAUUCAUUAUACAUGUAUUGUCAUUAUUUGUUAUCUUAAAUACAAUAUGUGUUGUGAGAAUUUGUGAUAAUUUAUGCAAUAUAAAUUACUAAAUACAUUUUGUGCAAUGUUACCCAGUAUUACACUUCUGUUAAAAAUAAAAAUUAAUUGAGCAUAAAAAGACCUUUCUAGGGGAUUGGUGAAGUUUUUGUUUGACCUGAUUUUUGUUUAAACUGUAUACAGUUAUGAAUUACUACUCUCAUACCAGUAUAACUUAAAUUACUGGCUAUAUUUGAGAAAAAGUAUGCCUAUGCUUUUUAUGUAUAAAAAUAUUAAUUAUUUUUCUAAGUUUUUCUUUCCUUUUGUACUCUUUUAAAACUGAAGUCUUAUUUUAACACAUUAUUCAAAUUUGAGUCCAAACAUAGAUCAGGGUCAAUUUCACUGUAUUUUUUGAUUUGUUUGUCUAUACAAAAUCAAAUUAUGGUGAUAAUAUGCACAAUGGAUUUUGCCAAAGAGAAUGUAAUAUUCUAUAGAUAAAUUAAGUUUACUUACAGUACAGUGAAGGAAAGUUUGUGUAUUUUACAGCAUUAGAAUUGCUAUAACUGCUGUUUAUGUGUACCUAAGCUGAUCAGAUGAAAUGUGAGACAGUUAGCAAUACUGAUGUACUUGUACAUGUAAUACAGGAGAAGUACUCUAAUAUAUCCUUUUGAAGAAAAGUAAGAGAAUUUCUGAUAGUAUAUGGGUAUAACAUUUUAAUUUAAUGAUAACUUUUUUAAAGGAAAUAAUAAAUAUUGCUACUACUAAAUACCCCUAAAAAUGAUUGCAUCAUACAUUUUUCCUUUGGAGGAUCACAAACUUAUUUGAAUUUUUUAGUAAAUUUUAAAACUUGUUGAUGAAUGCUUCAUAUUGUUCAGUCAGUUUUUUGGUAGAAUAUUUCAUUGUUUAUAUUUUUAUAUUUCAUGCAAGCAAAUCUGUAUUUAACACAAUAUAAACUGUUUUGAUGUUUGCAAAGUUUAUGCUGUUUUUUACUACUCUUUUUGGACAAUGUAUUCAAGACAAGGCAUUCCUAUCUUGUUUACAUUUCAUUGCAUAAACCAUCGUUUUUUGGAGGUUUUCCAUUAUAUUAUAUAGAAGAAAAAUUGUUCUUACAGACUGUAGGUCUUUAACCUGCAUAUGAACACAUUUUCAGAAUUACAUUUGUUCACAACCAUAACUUGUCACAUCAAUGGUUGGACACUCUUUUCGUUAUUGGGAAAUCUGAGUGUAAUUUUUUCUUACUAGGUCAAAUGAAAAAAGGUGAAGAUAAAAAAAGUGAUGAUCUCAAAAAAUCUACUAAUAAUACAAAUCUGUGAAUAAAUGUAAGAUUGA